UUGAGGGUUUUUUUCCCAUCGUAGUAGAUUUCAGAUACACAAAGUGAUAACCCUCGGACUAACAGGUGCUCCGCGAGGAGUGAACAAAGUGCAGCACCUCGGUAGUACGUGCCGACGUCGUGGGAGUCGUCAUUCCGAUCCCGAGACGAAUCUAGUGCGUAGAAAUGAGCAAGUGGCGGGUAAAGUUGCAGAAUCGGCCGCGAUAUCGGUUCCUUCCCGUGGUGGUGCUGUUGCUGCUAGCCCAAUGGUGCCUCCUGGAUGCAGUCGUGACAGGCGAAUCGACCGACAUCGAGCUCGAUGCUAAAGCGAACAAGAUUCAUCAAAUAGAUUCCCUGAAUCUAUUACUUUACACCUGCCUGCUAACGCUGACGGUGCUAACAAUCUGGUUGUUCAAACAUCGUCGAGUUUCCUGGCUGCACGAAACGGGCCUGGCCGUUAUUUAUGGUCUUAUUGUUGGUGCCAUCAUACGGUAUGCCGGAACUACUACUCCAAUCAUACAUGUGUCUGUCGAGGCGGAACCGGAUGCUAAGUUCAAUCAGAGCCUUCCACCGGACACACUAUGGUUGAAGUUCCCGGGAAACCUGCCCCAUGGCUCCGACCAGCCGGUGAAGGCGAACAAAACCUACACGUACAGUUUCCGCGGCGAACUGGGCAAUGUGGAGGAGAACGAAAUCGACCUGAAGGCGACUUUCGAUCCGGAAGUAUUUUUCAACAUUAUUCUCCCACCGAUAAUCUUCCACGCCGGGUACAGUUUGAAAAGGAAAUACUUCUUUCGAAAUCUUGGCGCUAUCUUGAUGUUUGCCAUCAUUGGUACAACGCUGUCGGCCUUCUUGAUCGGAGCACUGAUGUACGGGUUCGUGCAGCUGAUGCCAAAACUGAAAUCGAGCUUCACCUUUCUGGACACGCUGUACUUUGGGGCACUUAUUUCUCCCACGGAUCCGCUAACGAUUCUGGCUAUCUUUAGCGACAAGCACGUGGACGUUAAUUUAUACGCUUUGGUGUUCGGUGAGAGUGUUCUGAACGACGCAGUUGCCAUCGUUCUUAGCGGCGCAAUUCAAAACUACGGUGAACACUACUCAAGCAACGGGGAGUUCGAAGGGCAUGCGUUUUUGCGUUCGCUGGGAGACUUUUUCAGCGUAUUUGCCUUCUCCCUGCUGAUCGGUGCAUCGAUGGGUUCUGUGACGGCAAUGAUGACCAAAUUCACUCGGAUACGAGACUUCCCGCUGCUCGAGUCGGCCCUUUUCGUGCUGAUGUCGUACAGUACGUUUUUGAUAGCGGAAGCAUCGGAAUUAACGGGAGUGGUCGCGGUACUGUUUUGCGGUAUUUGUCAGGCUCAUUACACGUACAACAAUCUGUCGGACGAUUCGCGGACACGAACGAAGCAAAUUUUCGAACUACUCAACUUCCUUGCGGAGAACUUUAUCUUUUCGUACAUCGGCGUGUCCAUGUUUACGUUCCCGAAGCAUCACUUCGAUCCGCUGUUCAUUUUUACCGGAUUUAUGUGUGCGGCCAUCGGACGUGCGGUGAAUAUUUAUCCUCUUUCGGCACUGCUGAACAUUGCUAGAAAACCAAAGAUAUCGUGGAACUUCCAGCAUAUGCUGUUCUUCGCUGGUCUGAGAGGCGCUAUGUCGUUCGCUCUUGCCAUUAGAAACACCGUGUCCGAUGCGCGACAAGCCAUGUUAACGACCACAUCGUUAAUCGUCAUUACUACGGUCAUCAUUCAGGGUGGUGCAUCCAAUUUUCUACUCAACUGGCUGCACAUUCCCGUUGGAGUUGACGACGAAACAGAAGCCCUGCCCUACCAAGGCGUACGUAGCGUGUACAACUCGAUGGAGAACACAGCCGGGUCGAUCGACGUCGGUUUAAAUCUAAGUCAACUGCAAGUGAAUAGGCGAAGCUCUUUGGACUUGGAUAAUCCAGACAGUGAAGGUGCGACUACACCCGGAGGAACCCGCAGAGGCCACGAAAAGGCCGUUCUAGCAAGAUUGUGGGGCAAUUUUGAUUCGAGAUACAUGAAACCACUGCUAACGCACUCGCGGCCAACCUUACUCGAGACGCUGCCGGUUUGUUUGAGUCCCUUGGCCCGGCUGCUAACGACCACCGAGCAAUUAACUCAGGAUGGCCCGACAAGACGGCCCGAUUCGGACUCUGAUCUGUGCAUCGAUGAUGACGAUCGGAUUUCACGUGGCGGACCCACCGAGGGCGCCAGCGUACGGAGAAACUCCAUCAAUCGCUUAGAAAUUAUGGACGAUAGCAACGUCCACGCUACGUUUCACGCGUCUACCGCAAACAUCGCCAACCGGAUCAUACAGCAGGGACGGAGAGCAAGUGGUAAAAUAUUCCACUUUUAACCGAAUCCAACAAGAUCGCGAAGCUCGAAAAUCAUGCCCCUCGUUCACAACGAAAUCAGUGCGGAUCGGAGUGAAAACACAUAAUCUCAUCUUCUGCCGUCGUCAUCGCUCUCAGUGGAGAUUCUCGUUCUAGUUACGCUUGUACUAUUUCAAUAAUUAGUUGUGUGU